AUGAAAGAAAGUCAAGCUAAUAAAGUGAUCCUUCUCAUGUCAUUUCUUGCUCUAGUCACUAGAGGAAAAGGUAUAAGCUAUCAAACUCGCGGACAAAAUAGUCAUAUCCUCCCAUAUGGACAAGUUAGCAAAAUCAUCCAGCUGAAAUGUGGAGAUGUUUAUGACUGCAUUGAUGUGCAUUUGCAACCGUCUUUAAACCACCCACAGUUGAAAGACCAUAAAAUCCAGAUGCAACCAAGUUCUUUCCCUAUUGGGUUGGACACCGAACCUCAGUUUCUGCAUUCAGAGUCACAAGUACAACCAUCUAUCAUCGACUGCCCUGAAGGAACAGUUCCAGUUCUACGCAACAAUAUAAGUGGCACCAGCGCGACACACGAUAUCCAUGUGAUGGGUAGCAUGGGUAUAGAACGAGCGGCGGCAGGAAUCGAGUAUCGUGGUGAUGUAUAUGGUACAACUGUUAAAAUAAAUGUUUGGCAGCCAAAGGUGAAUAAAGAUAGUAAGGAUGUUAGUGCAACAUGGGUACAUAUUAAUAAUGGAGUGGGAGAACACACAGACAGGAUAGGUGCUGGUAUUAUGGUAAAUCCGAGCUUCAGUGGUGAUAUCUCUGUUAGGUUUCAUAUUGCUUGGACUGAAGGCCUAGAAAAAAAGGUAUGCAUGGAUCAGAGCUGCCGUGGUUUCGUACAAGUCAGCCGAAAGUGGGCUCCUGGAGUAAGAUUAGACCAUGUUUCCGUGUAUGAUGGACCACAGUGGGCGAUGAUAAUUAAAAUUUUCAAGGACCCGAAGACAAAGAAUUGGUGGGUGACGGAUGGUAAAAACAUACCGCUUGGAUAUUGGCCAAACGGAUUGUUCACUUUCCUUUACGACAAGGGAAAUUUUGCAUUCUGGGGAGGAAUUGUCCAGGGCCCGACCGCCACGUCCACCGCCGUGGAGAUGGGAAGCGGGCAUUUCGCCUCGGAAGGGUAUCAAAGGGCGGCUAUCAUUAGGAAGAUCCAGAUCUUGAACGAGAACAACACGUACGUCACCGCCGAAGAUGAUCUGAAGCUCGCCCAUGGCACGAGCAACUCCACACUCUACACGAUCGACAAGUUUCGAGUCGAUACGGAUGGCCUGGGCAUGUACUACGGCGGACCAGGUUUAGUGGCAUGA